UUUCUUAAUUUCUUUGUAUUAUAUUCAAAGACUAACAAGUAAUCUUACCGAUAACCUUUAAUCUCUCUCUCUCUCUCUCUCUUUCCAUCAUCAUUUCUUAAAUAUUUUUAUCGAUUUUCUCUUUUACUUUAAGUUACUCACGCAUCGGUGUAAUUUAUAAGAAUAAUAAUAUUACUAAUGAUGAUGAUGAUAAUCUCUAACUCCCUCACCAAUGUAGCUGUUGACUUGUGUUUCAAUUCAGUUUUACAGACAAUGAAUCAUGUUCAUUUUAUAAUAAUUCUCAUUUUUUUCAUAUCUAUUGCUUCUCAGUCAUCAUUCUCAUUGGGUAUUGAUUUUUUUCCCUGCCACUUAAUCUUCAUUUAAACAUAAAUACUCAACUUGCGUAUGGCUUCAAUGAGAUAAAUGAAAUGCUAAGGUAUUAUCUCUCUCCCUCUCCCUCUCUCUGUUGCUCAUUGUCUUUCUUUUUCUCUUUUUAUCCUUCUCUUUCUCUCUCUCUCUCUCUCCCUCUCUCUCUCUCUCUGUUUUUCUCCGUCUCGAAUGUAUAUCCUUAGUACUUUUUGUUUUUCAAUCUCAAUGAGUCGAAUCAAUACAAUAUUUCUCAUUCUCUCUGUCUCACUCUCUGUCUCUCCUUCGAACUUUUUUUCUCUUUCUCUCGAUCUCACUUCGAUUUACACUGUAUUCCUCACUUUCUAACAGUAAAUAGUGUUCACUAUCCUGCAGGGAAUGAAAGAUAACCUACCAGGAAAAUAAACCAAAAGUAUGAGGAUAAAGUUAAAGUCUUUCUUGUGAUCAGUGUGUUCAGUGUGUUGUUAUUAUGAAAUAAAAAAAUUCCCAUCAAAGUGUAGAAAUCAAGUGGAAUGCCUAGAUCAUUUCUGGUUAAGAAAGCGAGGCAUUGCAGUGAUCACCACCACCACCACCACAAUAAUCAUCACCACCACCACCACCACCAUAAUCUCCAUAAUAAAGCCAACAAUCAACCUUACAGUUCAACUCCAUCAACAUCAUCCUUGCACAAUGCUUUUGGAGUCGCCUUUGAGAAGCUCAACUUACCUGAUGAUGAGAUUCGUCCCAAGGUUCGAGUUGAACUAUGUUAUAAAGAGGAUAAAGAGCUUGACCUUAGUAAACGACAUAAUGAUAAGACGACAGAUCAACUGUUGGUUGACGAGGUAACACUAACAUCAACUAAUAGUAAUAGUAAUUUAAUCAGUGGCACAGAUAAUAAGCAUCUUCAUACGAUAACAUUAACCUCAGUUAAUCCAAUAUCACUGCCCACACCGGCCAGUACACCAGAACCUUGUAAACCAGUAAGUGAUACCGAGAUUGAGAUUGAAUUAUCAGAUACAUGUACCAAUACAAGUGAUAAUGAAACAUCAACGACAACUUUAGUCACAUUAACAUCUAAACAACCCUCAUUGGUAUCACCAGCGUCUUCACCAUCUUCAUCCUCUUCCUCUUCAUCUUCAUCUUCUUCUUCUUCCUCCUCAUCUUCUUCCUCAACUUCUUCAGCAACAUCCUCAUUCUCAACCUCAUCAACUUCCAAUUCCAAGUCUUCAUUAAGCCAAACUCGUAAGCAAAUAAUCACAACAACAACAUCAACACCUUCAACAAUCAGUUACACUUAUGAUACCUUUUUCAUGACCGAUGGUCGAUCACGUAAGAAACAGCAACAGGCUCUUCAGUCAAGUGAAGGAACCAUUCUAGCGGAUAGUGAACACGACAGUUCAGAGACAUUAAUCUCAAUGGGAACUGGACGAACCUCUGGUAAUAAUAAUAGUAAAGGUGGAGGAAGAAUAGGUUGUGGUGGUGGUGGAUCAACUCAUGGAGGGGAUAUCAGUGGAAGUGGUAAUAAUAGUAAUAGUGGUUCGGUGGGUAAGGAAAGGCAACGUUAUACUUGUAGUGAAUGUGGUAAACAUUAUGCAACUUCAUCAAAUCUUUCACGUCAUAAGCAAACCCAUCGAAGUCCCGAUUCUCAGUUGGCACGUAAAUGUCCAACCUGUCACAAGAUUUAUGUCUCUAUGCCAGCUCUUGCAAUGCACGUUUUAACCCAUAACCUUAACCAUAAGUGCGAUGUUUGCGGUAAAGCAUUCUCAAGACCCUGGUUAUUACAGGGACACAUGAGAUCACAUACAGGUGAGAAACCUUUUGGUUGUGCCCAUUGUGGUAAAGCAUUUGCAGAUAGAUCAAAUUUACGAGCACAUAUGCAAACUCAUUCAAGUCAAAAAAGUUACCGGUGCCAACGUUGUAAUAAAUCGUUUGCUCUUAAAUCUUAUCUAAAUAAACAUUAUGAGUCGUCCUGUUUCAAAGAAAUGCCUUCCAAUUCAAUGCCUUCUUCACCGGCCUCUUCAAUAUCAUCAAAUAAUUCACAUGAAACUAAAACUUCAUCUUCUUACUGGGAAAGUGAACGAGAAAGAAGAGAUUUCAAAGAUGUCAUCACGACGGAAUCAUAAUCAACAAUAAUCAUGUGUAUAUAAAGAGACACGAUUACAAUCAGACACACACACACACAUAUAUAUAUAAAUACAAACACACCCAAGAAUAAUAUAAUUAUGCAGAAACUAAUCAAUGAAGAGAAAAAGUAAAAAUCAUCAAUCUCUUUUUUUGGUAGACAGAUUCUCAUAGAGGACGAAAGGGAAAAUAAUUCGAAAAGUUUAAAAAACUUUUUUCCUUCUUCUUUUCAUCAUCUCUUUAUCUCUCUCUCUCUCCUUUUCUCCCUCUCAAUGUAAAGUAAUUUUCUCAUUUCAAUCAAUUUCAUCUUCUUCUUAUUCUUCAUGACGUUAACACGUUAACAGAGAAUUAUUUUUUUCUUCUAAUUCUUAUAAUCUCCCAGUUCAUCUCUUUCACUCCCUUGUUCUUUAUCUUUAAUCCCUUUAAUUCCUAAACCCUAAAUUCUUAAUACUUAUUCAAAUAAGUAACAAGAAUUACCUUCAACCUAUUAUACAUACAAAUCUAAUUACAAUCAAGUUCUUUUAAUUAUUACUAUUAUAAACUCUUAUAUAUAAAUUGUUUUAUGGUGAUAAUGAUGAAACCCAAUUGAUGCAAAGAAACAAUUUUAAUCCUGAUGAGUUUUAGAUGAAAAAAACACAAAAAACGAUAAACAAAAGUAAUAAGAAACUUUUAUCAAUCAAUCAAUCAAUCAUUAACUGUAGUCUGAAUUUCAAUUCUUGGGAUAAUUUGUUUGUUUUUACUAUUCCAGUUUCCAUUUCUUGAAUGUCAUCAUUUCCUUCAUAUUUGUUUCUUAUAAAAAGUUAUCUAAAUUGGUUUUAGAUUAUUAAUCAUUUAUAAUGUCAACACUUUUAUCUAUGCAUACAUAAGGGAGAGAGAGAGAGAGAGAGAGUAGUAAACAUGAUAAUCAUGAUGAAUGAAAAGCUAAAAUCAAUGAAUUCCUAUCAUCAAUUUGAUCCAAUUUCUGUCCACUAAUCUAAGCAAGUUAUCAAUCAUUUAAUCAACAAUCUAUGGGAAUAUUAUAUAUGCAACAAGGUGAAAAUAUAUGUAUACAAAAGCAACAGAGAGAUAAUGUUACAAGCAUUUGAGGGAAACAUUUUGACAUUCGAGAAAUUUGGGAAAUAGAAAAAAACAAAAAUCGAAAGAAAAAGGAAACAAAAAAUUCUGGGAAUUGAAACAGACCCAAUCACAAACAUCCUAUGCAAACAUAAAAAAAUAAUAGAAGAAGAAGAAGAAAGUUUAUUAUUAUUAUCAUUAUUAUUAUGAAAUUAUAUUAUUAAUAGAUGAUAGUUGUUUCUCAUGAAUGAAUGUAAUAAUAAAUGCAAAUGCAAUUGAGAGAGUGAGUAAGAGGGAGAGAGUGUAUGUUGCAAAACUCAUGAUUUCAAAUGAUAAUAAUAAUCAUGGUAAUAAUAAUACACAUUCGAGAUGGAAAGAGAAAAAAAAUUAUAUGUAUUAUAUUAUAUAUAUGAGAGACAAUUGGACCUGAAUCCAAAUAAAACCAUAGCAAUAAUCAAAUCCCUCCCAUUUAAUCAACAUCACCUUUUACCUCCCACUCUCCAUGGACUCUGUCUAUCCAUCUAUGGACUCUUUGAUUUAAUGAAUCAUCCAUAAUAUCUCCCUGUCUCUCUGUCUCUCUCUCUCUCUCCCUUAAUACAUCACCAUCAUUUCCCAUGUUUCCUCUUCCACCCACUCGAAACUCAAUAACUAUGAAAAAAAAGGAAAACAAAGAGCCCAAACUCCUCUCAUUACACUUUUAAUAUCAUGAUAAUCAAGCUCAUGUAAAUAUUAUGCAAAUAGUAAUAAUCAAUCAAUCAAUCAAACUCAUCAAUCGAUAAAAAUAUUAAAAAGACAAUAAAAAAAAUGAUAUGCAACAGUAAUCAACUAAUUGUACUAGAUAAUCAAGGUAUGCAAAAGACUAAACACUAAAUUGAUGAUAAUAACAAUGAAAAUAACCAAUGCAACGGAAACUGUUUCCUUUUCCUCUUUCACCUCAUAUCCAUUUAUAAUACAUAUGCAAUGAUGAAGGAAAUGGGGAAAAAAAUGAAAUGCAAGCAAAAAACCACAAACAAAUCAAAUUAGAAUUAAAUUAAAUCCCUUUUCUCUUACUACCUCUUCUCAAUUAGAUCUAAUUAUUAGCCAACAAAUUUAAGAACAAUUUUCAAUCUAAACCAUCACCAUUAGAAUGAAACAAAAAAGACUAACCCACACACACAAACACACCCAAGAAACACCACAGCCUUCAAAAUACCCACCUAGAGAACCCAACACUUCAUUUCAACUUUAACAUUCAGUUUGGUUAUUAUUAUUAUUAUCGCUAUUAUUAUUAUCCAAGAAAACACUAGGAUGUUAGUUUAUGUAUCACUUAAAGGUUAAUUUAGAUAAUGAUGAGUAGCUGAAAACAGUAACAGCAACAACAACACAAUACAACUUGUGGAUAAAUAAAUAAUAUUGUAGAUCAAGCAACAAGUCAACAACAAGAAGCAAUAGAUAGAGCAACAGUAAGCAACAGAGAGAGAGAGAGA